UCUCCGUGACAUCAUCGCGUCCCGACGUGGUGACGUCGCGUGCCGUGACGCGGCGAGAUGGCGGAGGCCGAGGCGCUGCUGCGGCUGCGGAACCGCUUCCGUCACGAGUUUUCGCCGGCCGCCGCCGCGGAGCCGCUGCUCAUCCCCGAAGAUUUGGAAGAUGAAGAAAGGAAGAAAGAAAAACCACUUCCUCGAUUUAAUAUACAUUCCAUAUUUUGGAUUUUAUCUUCUAUUGCAGUGACGUAUUAUGUUGAAUUUUUUUCCACAAUUAAAACAGAUUAUCGAAUAGAAGGUCGGUGGUUCCUUUUGGGCAGUUCACUACUGAUAAUUAGCUUGCUCAUCGCGAUCUACUGCAUAUUUUACCUGGAGUGGUACAAAGAAAUCAAAGAAUAUGAACAGUAUAAUCCAACACUGGUUCCUUCAGCUACAGCUGCUUUUAUUGCUGCAACAGUGUGUUUCAACAUUGCGCUGUGGCCAGUGUGGUCUUUCUUUACUCCUUUUGUUCUUUUCACUCAAUUUAUGGGUGUUGUAAUGUUUGUAUCACUUCUGGGGUAAUGAUCUGCAGAGCUCAGUUUGGUCUAUCCUGCAAAUAAAGAUAGUCUUUCAUGAAACUGAGGUUGCCAAGUUCAGUGAAUUUCACUUGCAUUAAGAUAAAUUAUGUUCAAGUGGUUAUUUUAUCUUGAUCUAUAAUUUGGUUUGUGCAACAAGACUAUUUUGAUAAAAGCUAAAGAAUAUCACUAUGUAUCACUGUAAAUAGUAUAAUUAAAGAAUUUAAUAAAAUUGGCAAAACCAUGAACAGAUGUCUUCAAACACAACUGUGGAUCUUCCAAAAAUUAAGGGUUAGGCAGCAACGGAAAUUUGCAAGUAUCUUUGUCGGCCAUUGUCAUAAGAUCUAAAUGAGCCAUUAUCUUACUUGUUCACUACUUUCAUUGUACACUCCUUUUAAUAAUGGCAAUCCAAAACAUGAAGAAAUGUAACCUGAUAGCACUGUUCCUCGAAUGCCCUUUUCAUUAACCACUGAGUACUUUGUAUCUGUUCUUUAUUU